GGACAUGUGGAAUUAAAGAUCGGGCUUUUAUGAAAAGAAAAAAGUAGUUGUCUCUGCUUUAACUCUGUAUCGUGUGUAUGUAUCUGAUCCAUCUUUACAAUUUAUUUAUUUAUUAUACCUUCAAAAUCUCAAACCCCUAAAAAUCCAUUCCUUCUUCUUCUUCUUCUUCUUCACAGUACACAAAUAGCAGCAGCCAUGGUUGAUGACCCAUUUGCAACUAAAGAUAAUAACAAUAGUAAUAAUAAUAAUAACACAAAGAGACCAAAAGAUGAUAGUAAUAAUAAUAAUAAAAAGAAAAAGAAGAAGAAGAAGCGUGGUGGAACCAAGAAAAAGAUGACAGCGGAACAAACUUUAGCGUUCAAGGCUGUUACUGAAUGGGUUUAUUUAGAACAGCAACAACAACAGCAACCUUGUCCUUUGGUUUCUUCUGCUUCUUACGUUGUUGAUGAUUUUGGUGUGCAAAAGGCUAAGAUUGUUGAGAAAGUUGUGUUUGAAUUGCAUUCUCAUUCUAAAUUCAGUGAUGGGUUUUUAUCUCCUUCUAAGCUUGUUGAAAGAGCUCAUGGAAAUGGGGUGAAAGUUCUUGCUUUGACAGAUCAUGACACAAUGGCUGGUAUACCUGAGGCUAUAGAAGCAGCUCGGAGAUUUGGCAUCAAGAUAAUCCCAGGUGUUGAGAUCAGCACAAUAUAUUCUCCAAGAAAUCCAGAAAUAGAGGAGCCAGUCCACAUCCUUGCAUACUACAGCAGUUGUGGGCCAAAAAAGUCUGAGGAACUGGAGAAGUUCUUGGCUAACAUAAGAGAUGGCCGUUUCCUUCGUGCAAAAGAUAUGAUCUUGAAACUCAACAGACUCAAGUUACCUCUUAAGUGGGAACAUGUUGCCAGGAUUGCUGGUAAAGGAGUUGCUCCUGGGAGACUGCAUGUGGCUAGGGCUAUGGUAGAAGCAGGCCAUGUUGAGAAUCUGAAACAAGCUUUUGCCAAAUAUCUAUAUGAUGGUGGACCUGCAUACUCCACGGGAAGUGAGCCUCUUGCAGAGGAUGCAAUACAGCUGAUAUGUGAAACAGGGGGUCUUGCAGUGCUGGCUCAUCCAUGGGCAUUGAAGAAUCCUGUUGCAGUCAUCAGAAGGUUGAAAGAUGCUGGUCUUCAUGGGAUGGAAGUUUACAGAAGUGAUGGAAAACUGGCAGUAUAUAGCGACCUAGCAGAUGUAUAUGGUCUUUUGAAGCUUGGGGGGUCAGAUUACCAUGGAAGGGGUGGAAAUAGCGAGUCUGAAGUGGGAAGUGUCAAUCUCCCAGUGUUGGCUUUACAGGACUUCCUCAAGGUAGCUCGACCAGUCUGGUGUGGUGCUAUAAGGGAUAUCCUUGAGAAUUAUGCCGAGGAGCCCUCUGAUUCUAAUCUAGCUAGAAUAGCAAGGUUCGGAAGAACACGAGUUUUAAAGGGGACUUCCACAAUGAGUUGUGGAGCAGAUUUGAUCGAGCGUUGCUUAUCAUUGUGGUUAACAAAUGAAGAGAGGCAGAAUGCUGGAUUUGAGGCCAUUAAGCUAAAGCUUUCUCAUAUUUCAAUUAAUCAGGGGGGAAUUCAUGUUCCCAUAGAGAGUAAAUAACUCGAUUCUAAUAUUUCCUUUGUACCAAUUUUUCCAAAACGAUGAUGACUUUUUUUUUGCCCUUUUCUUUUUUGCUUUCUGUUAGGAGCAUUAAUAAGGAUAUUAUAAUAGCUUUUCCAUUCAAAUUUUCUUUUCCUGUUCUUUUGAAAAGCAGUUCUAGGAAAACAAAAUGUUACCAAUGAGAUCUUGAAAAAUAUGCAAAUGCAGUUACUACUUUUCUUCA